AAUAUUGUUUUCAGUUACCGAUUCACGUCCACCACUUGUACAUCAAAAGGCGAAUGAUGAAUCGGUUUUUAUAAUUGACCAAUAGUACGAGUAGAUUCGUAAUUAAAACGUUACUUCAAUUUUCGAUAAUCGUUAAGUUGGUGUUGUGUGGUUGUUCGUGUGGGUGUUUUUUGAGUGAUUAUUGACGUAAAAAAUCAUAAAAAUGAUCUAAAGCAUGAAAAAUACUGAUCACGAAAAUGGAAUCAGUUGAACAUCAUUCAAAAGAAAAACCAUAAUGGUGGAUUGAAUUAGAAUUGAUACUUAUUCAAGGCACGACCUCAUCUCAGAAUGAAAGGUUUCGAUUUGUAUUUCAGCCAAUUGCGAGCAAUGCUUGCGAGGAAUGCGACCCUGAAGAAAAGAGAAAAAAGGAAAACGUUUGCGGAGGUGAUAUUGCCUUUAUAUUCAUUCGCAGUGCUUGCGUUUUUGAAAAUAUCGAUACCAAAUCCGAAUUUUCCUGCUGUCGAUAACCCAUCGUUCUCCUCCAGAAUAUUCGAUAAUUACUCGUUGCAUUUAAAUUACACGUUGGCCGUAAUUCCUAACAGUACCGAAGUGCAGAUUUUCUUAGAGGAAAUGAGCGAAAAUUGGGAUAAAAUUCGAAAUAAUCAAGGUAAUAAGAUGAAUUUCAUAAUGUUUGAAACAAAGGAAGACUUACAAGAACAAUAUUGGCAUGACCCGUCAUCGAUACAAACCGCUAUUAUAUUUAAAACUAACGACCCAGCUGGAGAUGUGGUUUUGGAAUAUGAAAUUCGAACAAACCCUUCAUUCGUAUCCGCUCCUACGUCCGCUGAAUUGUAUUCACAGCCAUUAUCAUGCCGAGAAAAUUCUCAUAUUCUGGCCAAAGCGUUGGAACAGAGUCAUGUAUUAAAAGUUGAAGACUGCCCUGCUUACCAGUAUUAUGCUUCUGGCUUCGUAACGUUACAAAUGCUGAUUGAUUAUACGAAAAUUGCGCUGGUCGCUGGAGAAAAUUUUGAUAUAAAGCAAAUGCAGCUGCAAUUAUUCCCGAAAGAAGCAUUUACCGCAGAUUGGAAUAUAUUAUUCCGAUUAGUCAUUCCAGCUUAUUUAGUGAUGUCAUUAUCGCAAUUCGUUACUUAUUUACUCAUGUUGGUAGUAACAGAGAAAGAGAAAAAAAUUAAAGAGGGGAUGAAAAUAAUGGGAUUAAAAGAUUCAGUAUUUUGGUUAUCCUGGUUUAUCGUGUAUGGGGUUUUCGUUACUGUUAUGUCCAUUGUAGCUGUCUCAAGCAUGUUUUUGUUGGGUGUAUUUCAGCAUUCUAACUUUUUUCUAAUAUUUUUAUUAGUCCUUUUGUACGAAUUUUCGAUAAUUUUCUUCAGUUUUAUGCUGACUCCAUUUUUCAAUAAUGCGAGGAGUGCCGGAAUUAUGGGUAAUUUUAUCAUAAACAUAUUCAGUUUGUUAUACUUCAUCCGUGUUUUUAUCUCAAAAACCAACACUACACUUUUAUGGUCAAUGUCACUCCUCAGCCCAGCAGCAUUUACUUUGGCUAUGGAUAAGGCUUUAACGAUGGAUAUGAGCGGAAAUGGGUUAUGUUUUGAUAACUUAUGGGCUGGCCCCGGAUUAUCUUUCGGCAGCAGUUUAAUUUUCUUAUGUUUCGAUAACUUUUUAUACGCUAUAUUAGCUUAUUAUUUGGAUUUGGUUAUUCCUAGUGAAUAUGGCGCGAAAAAAGAACCAUGGUUUUUCUUGAACCCAUUUUGUAAACUUUUUCGCUUCAUUUUCAAACGCGAAUCUAGCACAAAACCUAAAAAUUAUGCCACUUCUGAUUUUGCCAAUAAUAAUGAUAUCGAACCGGUUGCCAAUUGUUUGAAGGAUAAAGUUGGAAUUGAAAUAGUAGGUCUUCAUAAGCAUUAUUCUCCUUGUCGAGGAGCUCAAGUUUCAGCGAUUAAUGGCAUAAAUCUGACUAUUUAUGAAGGACAAAUAACUGCGAUUUUGGGGCACAAUGGCGCUGGAAAAACAACGUUGUUCAAUAUAUUGACUGGUAUGACAAAGCCUACUUCGGGAACGGCGUACAUUUUCGGGCAUGAUAUCCGAAAAUCUGAAGAAUUGAGUACUGUGAGGAAAAUGUUUGGAGUUUGUCCUCAACAUGAUACUCUAUUCGAUAAUCUAACUCCGAGAGAGCAUUUGAAAUUAUUCAGCGCGAUCCGCGGAAUUCCUGUUUCAGAACAAGAGGAUGAAAUUGUUCGGACUUUACGAAAUGUUGACUUGACUGAUAGAGCGGAUACCUACACAAAAAAUCUUAGUGGUGGUCAAAAACGAAAACUCUCUGUUGGAAUUGCCAUAAUUGGCUCACCGAAAAUAAUGAUUUUCGAUGAACCUACUGCCGGUGUUGAUCCUUAUUCCAGACGUUAUAUGUGGUCUCUGUUGCAACAAAACAAAGCUGGAAAAGUUAUUUUAUUGACGACUCAUUUUAUGGAUGAAGCGGAUAUUUUAGCCGAUCGAAAAGCUGUAAUUUCUAAAGGUCAAUUACGAUGCGUAGGUUCAUCUUUGUUUUUGAAAAAUAAAUUUGGAAUUGGAUAUCAUUUGACGUUAGUUCUCGAUGCUAAUAAUAUAGGACAAGAUAUAGUCAGAUUAAUCAAAUGUCAUGUACCUGAAGUUGAAGUCGCUCGUCAACAUGGUAAAGAGUUAUCGCUCAUUUUACCUCAUCAUUGUGUUAAUAAGUUCGCCGCUCUCUUCGCCGAAUUGGAGUACGAAAUAAGUCAUGGAAAUAGAUUCAAAAUCAGUAGUUACGGUAUAUCGAUGACUACACUGGAAGAGGUAUUCUUAUACUUGGAAAAGAGUGAAGAAUUAGACGAUGAAGAGGGUAGCAUAGCAAAUAGAAUCGUUAAAAAACGUCUCGGUAGUAAAUCUAGAUCUGUAAGAAGACGUCGUAUUUCCGCUCAUUCUGCCAAUAGUGAGAAUAUUCAAUCUUAUGAAGCUUCUUGCGCUCGAAUACCUGAGAAUAUUGGAGAAAGACGACCUUCCAGUCCUGUUACUGGUUUGGGACUGCAUUCAAUUCAAGUGAACCCAAAUGCUCUACAAACAUCAAUAGCGAUGAUCAAACUUCGUUUGCUAAAUAUUUGCAGAGAACCUUCUCGGUUCAUACUAGUGGCCUUGGUUCCUCUGCUGUUUUCAGCUGCAGGAUUAUAUCUGGAUGUGAAAACCACGCAUGACAAUAAAAUGAAAUCUUUACUAUUGAACGAAAGUACCUAUGAAAAUUUUUCGAUCUCUAUUCCUCAAGAGCAAAGUCAUUUAGAUUUCGUUCAGUAUUUGAAUAUUCCAUUGUAUCCUUUAUUCGAAGGCAAAUCAGAUUUACUAAAAAGUAAACCUCACGUCGGAGCCUUUAAAGUAUCCAAAUGUUGUAAAGAAAUCGACAUAACGAUUUUUUAUAAUGAUACCGCGAUGCAUUCUUUACCAAUAAUGAUAAAUACUCUAAACAAUGCGCUGUAUAAGAUGUUUGUAAAAGAGAAAUAUAACGAUACUUCAGAAGAAGCUAAGAUAAUAACUAAAUCUUUUCCAUUUUUGACAAAAUCUCAACCAGAAAAGUUCGACGUUGGAUUAUUCUAUUGUGCAGUAUGUCUUGGAGCCGCAUUUUGUGCCAUUCCUAUAAUUUUUGCUACCGAUUAUGUGUAUGAUAGAGAAAUAAGAGCCAAAAAUCUAUUGAGAGUGAAUGGACUGAAAUUCCCUCUUUAUUAUGGAACCUUUUUCGUAGUGUUAGUUUUCAUGAUGUUGAUUAUUUUGUCUUUGCACUUGUCGCUGAUAAAGUUUUUCGACUUACCCCCAUUCCGUGAACCAGCAGCGUUCAGCAUAUUGGCAUUUUUAUUGAUUCUUUAUGUUCCUUGUUCUAUUUUAUUUUCAUCCACUUUAUCAUAUCUGUUCAACAAAGCUGAAACCACGCAAUCCAUUUUGUUAAAUUUCGCUUCGUUUAUUGGCCUUUUACCGUUUGGAUUGAUAGUUCUACUGGAUUUGAUCAAAGUUGGACCAGCAUAUAUGUUUACUGUGCACACAAUAUUCUCAUUACUUGAUACAUUUUAUUUGCCGUUCGCCAUAAUUUAUUUCGUGGGGCGAGUUUUCCUGCUUUGUUUGGCAAACGAAGCUUGUGUCUAUCUUACGAUUACAGAUUAUUUUACCCCAGAGAUCAUUAUAAUUUUGGCUUCGUGUUUAUUACAAAUUCCUCUAUUUGUUGUUUUACUACGAAUGCUGGAAUUGUGGAAAUGCGGGCGUUCGAUGAAAUCUUUCUUCAUUUGUAGCAAAAAAAAAACUGUGAGUGAAAGCAGCAUAAACAUCGUUACGUCAAAUGAUGAUGAAGAUGACAACGAUGAUGUCAAGUUUGAAAAAUAUCGCGUCGCUAAUUUUAUGAAUUCUAUGACGGAUUCUCCAGAUCAUCCUCUUAUAAUAGUUCAGGACUUGAAAAAAGAAUAUGGACCAAAUCUGAGCAAAAACAUGUUCCAUAAAUGUUUCCCUAAAAAGAAGAAAGAAUCGAAAAAUUCGAAAUUGGCGAUUGCUAAUAUAUCGUUCGCUGUCGGCCCUGGAGAAAUUUUUGGUUUACUUGGGCACAACGGUGCUGGCAAAACAACUGCUAUGAAGAUUAUUAUUGCCGAAGAAGUACCUACGGAAGGAAAUAUUCAAAUAAAAGGAACAAACAUUAUACAAGGGAGUUUGGGAGAAGUAUUCAAGUAUUUGGGGUAUUGUCCUCAGAGUGAUGUAUUAUGGAAAAAUAUUACUGUCAGGGAACAUAUUGAGCUCUACGCUGCUAUCAGAGGAGUUCCUCCUGAAAAAAUCAACGAAAUUGUCAAUACAUAUCUUACCGCUCUUCAAAUUCAAGAACAUGCUGAUAAACUUUCACAUCAAUGUUCUGGUGGUACAAAAAGAAAACUUAGUUUUGCCAUAGCCAUGGUAGGCAACCCAUCUGUCGUAUUAAUGGACGAGCCCAGCGUAGGAAUGGACCCGCACUCCAAACGCUUCUUGUGGGAUACAAUCUUGUGCAGUUUUCAAGGAAGUAGAGGUGCUAUUUUAACAACGCACGCUAUGGAAGAAGCCGAUGCUCUUUGCUCACGAGUUGGUAUUAUGGUGAACGGUAAAUUAAGAUGUAUAGGUUCGACACAACAUUUGAAAAACUUAUACGGUGCUGGAUAUACUUUGGAAGUUAAAAUCAAUUCAGAUGAUGGAUCCGGCACUGAGAAAGAGGAAAAAAUAAAAGAAUUUGUUAAUAACGUGUUUCCCUUAGCUACUUUGGAAGAAACAUUCACCGAUCAUUUGGUAUUCAGUAUACCUCAAUCGUCUGUCAGGUCUUUAGCGCAUUGUUUUUCAACAAUCGAGAAUGCAAAAAACACAUUAUGUAUCGAAGAAUACAGCUUCAGUCAGACAACUUUGGAGCAAGUGUUUUUAAAGUUCGCUCACAGUGACACAAAAUUAUAUUGAGUGCAGUUGACGAAUUUUGUUUUUUGUUACCUCAAAUGACGUAUUUCUUAGUUACCUUCUGACAUUACCUUGUUAAAUAUUACAUACAUUUUUAUUGCGUAUGGAUAUAACGUACCAACGUCGAGUUUCAGCAAACAUGUUCAAAUACCUAUGAAAUAUGUAUGGUGCAAUGGCGUGUUAUUUCUUUUCCGUCUAAAAUAUAUAUUUUUGUUUCCCGGAAAUGUGAUACUAGUAUUAGCACAAGUAUCGAACUGUUUUGCGAAACACUAUUGAUUAUUUUAUUAUUUAUUUAUUUUUUUGUGAUUAAAUUUAAAUAUUAUGUGUACGUAUGUGUGUCGAAAAUGAAUGAACAAAAUGAAAAAAAAAAUAACGAAAAGGAUUUUUAUGGGUUUUAAGUGUAAAUAAUUGCCUAUUGGUCUCGUUUGAUAAUAAAAAUAGAUACUAAACUUGCGCGUAUUCAUUAUUUUUCUAUUUCUGUUUUGUUCAUUUUUUUCUUUUAUGUGUCGAUUUUUUUAUACAUGAUAUUAUGUAUUGGGUGAAUUUAAAUUAUGAACAUUUAUAUACAAUACUAAUGCAAUCACAUAUUUUAUGUACGAAUGUUUUGAAAAUAUUUUUAUAACAAUUGAAUCGGUCAGUACGGAAAGGUAACAAGUCACAUUUUUGAAAAAAAAUUUUUUUGCGGAAAUGGGGGUUUCAAAGUACGGCGGAUCGACUGGUGAUGUCAGAUUUCCGCAAAACUGCCGGGAAAGUGGUAUUUGGGUGCAGAAAAAGGGCGGAUCCGCAUUUAUGACUUUUUUGUAAAAUGUUUUAAAUUACUUGAAAAAUAACUAACAUUUUUGAGAAGACCAUUUUUUGAAAUUUAAGUUAAUCUCUGAACUGAAAAAUGAUGAAAAAAUUAACAACUUCGGCAAAAAGUCUUAGAACUCAAGGGGUUUUUGGUCAAUUUAAACGAGAUAGCAGUCUAAAUGAUGUACUUAGAUGUAGAAUCAAGCCCCAUUCGUGCCCGAGAAAUUUCAAAAGAAAUUUUGUCGAUUGAGUGCAGAAAGGGUCUAAGUCCCAUUUGUUUAGGCAGCAACAGCACCGGCGCACGUGAAUAUUUUUUUUUGGAAACUGCGCUAAAAGUUGUGUCUUGGGGUCCUCUUUCAAUGACCUUAAGCAUGUUUACUAAAAUUUUUUGAUUUUUGAAUGAAUCAGUUUUUUGUUAUUCCUGAAAAACGCAAAAAUGGACUUAUCCCCUUUCCGUACUGACCGAUUCAAUUAUUUGAAUUAUUGAAAGUUUAAAAAUUAAAUUUCAGCGAUGUUGAAUGUUGAUAUGAAAAAAUGUGUGAUUUCAUGUUUCAAUAAUUAUUUUCUAUGUGUUUUUGUUUUAUAAAUUUACUAUUGGAAUUAUUUAUGUACUUGGUUGGAUUAUUAUUUUUAUGUUAUGAUGAAGAUGAUGUUGAUUUGUUGAAUGAAUAAAAUGGUGAUUAUA